GCGUCACACGCCUGAGACAUCAGCCAGAGACGUCAUCACUGCGUGCCACACAGCACGGGUUUAGUAAAUGUGUUGAGCUAAUGGCGAGUUUUUUGUAGAUUUUUGUGCUCAUCUCGCGCAGAAAAUGUCGGUAUUUCACGACGAAGUAGAGAUCGAAGACUUUGAAUAUGACGAGGAGACGGAGACGUAUUAUUUCCCCUGUCCGUGCGGAGACAAAUUCGCCAUAAGUAAAGAGGAUCUGGAGAACGGGGAGGACGUGGCCACGUGUCCCAGCUGCUCUCUCAUCGUUAAAGUCAUCUAUGAUCAGGAGUUGUUCAUGUCGGGAGAAAUCAUCGAAGCGCCGUCGUCCACGGAAACCAAACGGGAGCUGGUUCAGUCCUCGUGACCCCUCCCCCCCCACCCCAAAUCAUCAUCAUGUGUAAAACAACGUACUGUACCUUUAAAUCCACUUUAUUUAUGCAGAGAGGCAGACGGCUUCAUGUUUUAUGGAUCAAUCUUCAGUGUGGACAU